UUUGGCUCUCUCCACUCACGGAGGGAGAGAGAGAGAGAGAGAGAGCAAGCAAUCUAGUGGGAAUAAAAAGCAAAAAAAUGAAAUAAUUAAGUAAAUAAAGGAAAAGGCAAACCAAAAACUAGAAAAAAAAGAAUAAGUUAAAAGCCUAAUUAAGGUAGAGCUAGGUAGCUCACAAGCAAGAGGUAUAAAGAAUGAAUGGGUAUGGUCUAGUCAUGUUUCUCUAUAGCCCUUCGUUCUUCUCUGCCCACCUCCCUCUCUCUCUCUCUCAUUCAAAACAUUCCCAUUUUUAGACGUUCCUGUUUCUUCCAAACAGGAGCAAAUUAUAGAAAACCCACUAAACUAAGCACGAAGAAGAAUAAGAAGAAGAAGCAGCAGCUGUUGGUGGCGCUGGGGUGGUGAAACCGUGAAGCAUCACAAAGAAGAAGAGAAUAAAUAAGAAGAAAGAUUAGGGUGGUUUUAAGAGCACAAAACCAAAGUGUUUUGUCUCUUCGGGGGUGCGGGGGGUGCGGGUUGGCUGAGUUAUGCGCGGCGGAGCUUGUGCGGUACAGCAGACCCUCACGGCGGAGGCUGCUUCUGUCUUGAAGCACUCUCUCAACUUGGCCCGGCGGCGUGGCCACGCCCAGGUCACUCCGCUUCAUGUGGCCGCCACGCUGCUCAGCUCAAGAGCUAGCCUCCUGAAGCGCGCCUGCCUCAAGUCCCAGCCUCACCAAACUCCACACCCUCUCCAGAGCCGAGCCCUUGAGCUCUGUUUCAACGUGGCUCUCAACCGGCUCCCUACCACGCCCGCUCCGCUCCUCCACGCCCAGCCGUCCCUCUCCAACGCUCUGAUCGCCGCGCUGAAACGCGCCCAAGCCCACCAGCGGCGCGGCUGCAUCGAGCAACAGCAGCAGCAGCCGCCGCUCCUCGCCAUCAAGGUCGAGCUCGACCAGCUCACCUUGUCCAUCUUGGAUGACCCCAGCGUGAGCCGCGUCAUGCGAGAAGCCGGCUUCUCUAGCACCGCCGUGAAGAACAAUCUAGAAGAAGACUCCCCAUCCUCUUCCAUAUUCCACUGUUACGGCGGCACCGGCGGCGGCGUUUAUUCUUCUCCUUGCUCUCCUUCCCGGAGCUUCUGGCCUGCCCAUUUCGUCUCCAUUGCCGAUUCCGCCUCGCUCAAGGAAGAUAUAAAGCUAGUUUUGGAGGUUUUGUUGAGAAAGAAGAGAAGGAACACUGUCAUAGUUGGUGACUCUCUGUCCAUAACGGAGGGUCUGGUUUUGGAACUGAUGAGCAGGGUGGAGAGAGGAGAGGUUCCUGAUGAACUGAAAUCUGCCCAUUUCGUGAAAUUUCACUUCACUUCAGUGCCAUUAAUGUUCAUGAAAAGAGAAGAGUUGGAGCUGCAGCUUUCAGAACUGAAAAGGAAGGUAGAUUCUCUUGCAUCUGGAGGAAGGGGAGUCAUUAUCUAUACAGGCGACUUGAAGUGGAUAGUCGACACGGUAGGGUUCAAUGGAGAGUUUUUUUCUGGGUAUAGCCCAGUUGAGCAUCUUGUUACAGAAAUGGCGAGGUUUCUGUCCCAUUACAACUCAUUGAACAGAAAGGUUUGGUUAAUGGCCACGGCCAAUUAUCAGACCUACAUGAGAUGCCAGAUGAAGCAGCCUUCUCUCGAGAUGCAAUGGUCUCUUCAAGCUGUUUCUGUUCCAUCAGGUGGACUUGGUUUGAGUCUUCAUGCCACUAGUGUACAGGAGUCAAGGAUGAGCUUCUCAGAAAACCCAUCUCAAGCUCUGGAAACAAAAGCUUUUGUAGGAAACAAGGAUGAAGAUAACAAGCUCAGAUGCUGUGCAGAAUGCACCUCCAAAUAUGAAAAAGAAGCUGCUUUGCUCAAGUCUGGCUCAGCCCAAUUGCCUUCCUGGCUUCAAUCACAUAACAGUACCCAUGCACAUCAGAAGGAUGACCUGGUUGAGUUGAGGAGACAAUGGAACAAAAUCUGCCACAGCCAACACCAAGGCAGGCCUUUGUUCAACCAAAGGCUAAUUCCAAAGAGCUGCAACUACAGAUCAUCAAUAUCAUAUCCUAGGUGGCCUAAUGAGAACAACUUUUUCCUAGACUCCAAUAUUAAUAAUUCAAUCUCUUUUUCCCCUUCCAACUUGAAAUCCGACCAAAUUGCCAGUAGCCCCCUGCAGCCUCGUUUCAGACGCCAGCAAUCUUGUCACAUCGAAUUCAGUUUCAGCAAUGGGUUCAAUCACAAGCAGCAGCUGCAGCAGCCUAUGGAACCAAACUUGGAUUCUCUCAAGAACUCUGAUGGAAAGGAAGUAAAGAUCACUCUUGCUCUUGGCAAUUUUUCUCAGCACCCAAACAGCACUAAAAGAAGUGAUCAAAUUUGUAAGCGUUUGCAAGAGAAUGUGCCAUGGCAAUUGGGAACCAUCCCUUCAAUAGUGGAAGCUUUGAUCGAACCCGAACCUAUGAAGAAGGAGACUAAGUGGUUGCUGAUUGAAGGCAAUGAUGCAAUAGGAAAACGGAGACUGGCUCGGGCAAUUGCAGAAUCUGUUUUCGGGUCGCCCGAUUUGCUUCUCCACAUGAACAUGAGAGAAUCAAGAGAAGAUCAUAAGAGGGUGACAGUACUCGAAAGGGCCUUGAGAAACAAUGAAAAGACGGUAGUUUUGGUUGAAGAUGUUGAUUUUGCUGAUACCCAGUUCCUAAAGGUUCUUUCUUUGGGUAUGGAAACUGGGAGUUUUGGAGAAUUUUGCAGAAAGGAUGGAGAAACAAUAUUCAUCUUAACAAGGGGAGAUUGCCCUAGCCAUGGAGAUGGGAUCAAAGAUCUGAAUUCUGUAAUCCAUAUGAAACUGGAGGUCAAUAGAACGCUUCCCAGUAUUUCAGAGGUCGGGAUACAGCAGGAGUCUCGUGCACUGGGUUCGCCUAAAAAAAGAAAAGCGGAGUGGGAUGUCUCAAACAAGGCCAAGAGUCCAAGGCAGCCGCCAAGCGGAUCAACCACCCUUGAUCUGAACAUUAAGGCCGAUGAGGACGAGGAAGACGAAGACAGAAGCGAAGGUUUCAGCCCCAAUUCGAGCGAUUUGACGCGAGAAAUGGGGAAUGAAGGCCAGAUCAAUCCAUGUGGGUUCCUUGAAUCGAUCAAGAACCGGCUUGUCUUCAAUUCGGAUUGUGAAAAGGAGAUAAAAGAGAUGAUCUUGGUCAAGAUCAGAGAUUGUUUUGAAGCGGUGAUUGAGAGCAGUUGCUUCUUGGAAGUGGAAGAGAGUCUGUUAGAGAAGCUCUUGCUUGGCUUUGGGGAUCUCGUCAACAGCCUGUUUGAGAAAUGGCUGAAAGAGGUUUUUAGAACAAGCUUGUUAACGGUCAAAAAUGGCCGCAAGGAGGGGAUAAGCAGUGUUAGGCUGUGUUUGGGGGGGAAAGAAGAUAGAGAACUUGAGGGUUUAGGGUUGGACUUGGAGAGUGGGUUCAUGGCUUCAGCCCUGCCCAAGAAAAUUCAAGUUUCCUUUAUGGGUUGAUAAUGUCUCCUGUAAAUGUAAAAUCAUCAAAAUGUUUAAUUAGUGUUACUGCAAUGUUCUUGGUAGAA